GAUCCAUUCUGCCGGCGAUUCCCCCCGCGCGCCAUGGGCGACCACUACGGGACGCUCGGGCUGCGGAGCGACGCCACCAAGGCCGAGGUCAAGGCCGCUUUCCGACGGUGCGCCCUCCGGGACCACCCCGACCGCCACGCCCAAUCCGGCGACGCCGGCGCCCGUACGGACGCUGCGCGGCGCUUCCGCCAGGCCUCUGACGCAUACCAUGUCCUCUCUGAUGACCGCCGGAGGGCGGAGUACGACCUCCGCAUCCGCUCUUCUUCCUCUUACGGACGCACCUCCUCGGCCUCCUCCUCCCCCUCCGCUUCGUCUGGCUACGGCUACGGGUACGGCCACGGGCAUAGUGGAGGUUCUUGGCGCCGGCCACCUCCGGGGCGUGGCGGCGCCUCGGUUGGAUACGAUUGGGGCUUGUUGCUCAAGGCGGUGACGCGAAGAAGAUUCCUUCUCAAUCUCGGUUUCGCCAGUAUUUUGUUGUCUGGAGCAGCUUUUCUUGAUGGAAGUAUUCUACAACUGUGGAAUUUGAAUAACUCUGGGAAAUCAUUUGAAGAAGCGAUGGAGUCGAUUGAGAAGGUGAAAACGGGAAAGGGGAAUGGGUAGAACCAGGGAGAAGUUCCAUCAAAUUUUAAUACAUAGAAAAACAAGUGUGCAUAUUGUUGUUCAGAUCCUUGUGUAAUGCAUUCCGUACAGUCCGAAUCCCUCGCAAACAAAAAAAAAAGUGUACAGUCUGAAUAAUAUGUUUGUCACAAACUGGUUACCUGACCGUUAUAGCUGUGGAGCUUUGUACUCCCCCCUAGAAACUCCAAGGGAUGAGAAUGAUGUACGCCUAUGCAUAGGUUCUUUCAUUGCAAAUAUUUAAUCAAGUUGAUAUAUAAAAACUCAGGAUGUACUUGUUUUGUUUCACUGGUA